AUGCGAGCUUCGCAAACCAACAAACCGCUGCCGCUGCCGCUCCCACCUCCACCUCUCUCGCUGCCGUCGACGCCGUCCACCACCCCGCGCCGGCGCGGCCGCACCGCCUCAUCGUCCUCAUCGUCUUCCUCCGUGUCAGCCGGCUCUUCCUCCUUCUCCCCGUCGCCGUCCCCUGCCCCGUCUCCCCGCACCACCACCGCAACCUCAGUCGUUCCCUUCUCGUGGGAGCGCCGCCCAGGGCUCCCUAAGAGCUCCCUUGGCGGCCUCAUGUCAUCCUCCGGUAGCAGCACAACCCUCCCGCUUCCCCCGCCGCCGCUCCGCCCUUCCCCUCGCCGCUGCCGGCAGCGCAGACGCCGCCGCGCCGUCGAAGCCCCCGGACCCGGGGCGGACCCCUUCGCCGCCGCCUUGGUGGAGUGCACCAGGGAAGAAGGCAUGGCCCAUGACGACGCCGAAGACAAGCUCUGGCCGGCGCGGACGACGAAGGUGUCCGGCCGCACGGCGCGCCCAUGGCGGAUCGCUGGCGGCGGUGUCGUCGGAUUACUCGACCUCUACGGGUGCAAGAGCGCCAUGGACGUCGUGGACGGCGCGUUUCUUGCUCGCCGGCCGGUCGCACCGUCUCCACGUCCCGGGCCGUGCCGGGCCACCCGGAGAUAA